AUGGCUGGCAGUGGCACGCCGGAGGAGUUCCUGGGGCAGCAGCAGGGUUUCCUCGCGCGCCUGGAGCCGCCGUCACCGUCCCUCUUCCUCGACCUGCCGCCGACGCCCCGGUCCGAGGAGGACGAGGACGCCUGCUUCGACGACAUGGCGCUCCCCUACAUCUCGCGCCUGCUCAUGGAGGAGGGCACGGACGACCAGUUCUUCUUCCUCUACCCCGACCACCCCGCGCUCCUAAGGGCGCAGCUGCCCUUCGCCCAGAUCCUCGUCCACAGCGGCGGCGGCAGCGGCUCCGCCUCCGCGCUCUCGCCGUCCUGCUCCUCCUCCGACGCCGCCGCCUCCCCCAGCCCCAGCAUCGCCUCGCCCUACGACGCGGUCCAGAUCUCCCGCCCGCCCUACGCCGACGCCACCAGUGCAUCGCCGCACCACCACGGAGUCCAAAACUCCUUUACUGGUAACUGCCUGUUGCCCGGCGACCAGGACAUGCUCAACUUGGCCUUUCUCAAAGGCAUGGAGGAGGCUCAAAAGUUCCUCCCGCCCAACAGCAGCCUCCCGGUCAACAUCGGCUCCACCCUCGCCGCGACGACGGUGGUGGGUGGAGUGCCCACAGGCGGUGGGCUGACGAAAAAGAGGCACAAUCCGGAGCCGGAGGCGGGCAGAGCCACCAAACUGAUCACGCCCGACCAGGAGGAGGAGGAUGGCGCACGCGAGCUGUUCGACGAAAUGAUGUUCCAGGAGCACGAGAUAUGCAUGAAGGGGGUUGAGCAGCCGCGCGUCCCCGUGGAAGCCAAGCCAGCGAGGACCAGCCGGAAGGGGACCGGGAAGAGGGGGCGGCCGAGAAAGGGCAUCGUUGGCAGCGAGAUGGUGGACCUGCACACGCUGCUGCUCAACUGCGCGGAGGCGGUGUCCGCCGACAACCGCUGGGGUGCGAGCGAGCUGCUCAAGAGGAUCAAGCACAACUCGUCCCCGCUCGGGGACGCGGCGCAGAGGCUGGCGCAUUAUUUCGCCGAGGGGCUGGAGGCACGGCUGGCGGGAAGGGGGAGCCAGCUGUACCAGUCGCUGAUGGCGAGGCGCACCUCGGUCGCCGACUUCCUCAAGGCCAACCAGCUUUACAUGGCGGCUUGCUGCUGCAAGAAGGUGGCGUUCGUCUUCGCCAACAAGACCAUCUGCAAUGCUGUGGCAGGGAAAAAGCGGUUGCACAUUGUGGACUAUGGUCUCAACCAAGGAUUCCAGUGGCCAGGCUUGCUACGCAUGCUGGCGGCUAGAAAAGGCGGACCUCCGGAGGUGAGGAUCACCGGCAUUGAUCUCCCUCAACCUGGAUUUCGAGGAUCCGACCACAUUGAAGAUACAGGGCGAAGGCUUGGCAAUUUUGCCCGUGUGUUCGGUGUGCCAUUUAAGUUCCAUGGUAUCGCAGCAAAGCGAGAGACUGUCCAGCCUGAGGACCUGAACAUUGACCGGGAUGAGGUGCUUGUGGUGAUUAGUCUUUGCCAUUUCAGACUUCUGAUGGACGAAAACGUCUGCUUUGAUAGCCCGAGCCCCAGGGAUGAGGUUCUCAACAACAUCAGGAAGAUGCGCCCGGAUGUCUUCAUCCAUGGGAUUAUGAAUGGCUCUUACGGUGCGACGUACUUCCUGACACGGUUCCGGGAGGCGCUGUUCCACUACUCGGCACAUUUCGACCUGCUGGAUGCGACCGUCCCUCGGGACAAUGACGGGCGUAUCCUGCUCGAGCGUGACAUCUUUGGCCGCUCUGCCCUGAAUGUCAUCGCAUGUGAGGGCGCAGACCGGGUGGAACGCCCCGAGACAUACAAGCAGUGGCAGGCGCGGAACCGUCGGGCUGGGUUGAGCCAACUGCCGUUGAAUCCAGAGGUUGUUAGGCUUGUGCUGGACAAGGUCAAGGAUAACUACCACAGAGACUUCGUUGUUGAUGGGGAUCAGCGGUGGUUACUGCACAGGUGGAAGGGGCGUGUGCUCUAUGCCCUGUCAACCUGGAUUGCUGACGAUGCCACCUAGCUUCUUUUCACAAUCUAACAUUGAUUGUAGACAUCAAUAGAUCUACCCUUGUUUAUAUGUUAGCACUUAGCUCAACAUCUAUGUUGCAGAAAGUAGUAACUUCUGUGGUGCCAUGAGGUAGGCAAUUACUUCUACUAUGACCUGGAGGUUCAUUGCAAGUUUUAUUUAUUUCAAAACCACUUGGUUGCUCAUCAUGGAUCACAAAGCAUAGGUGUGAAUUUUUAUUUAUUUUAGAUAUCUACAGAAUUUUGAUGACACUAAAUUGGAUGCUUUGGCCGUCCUGUUGCUGCAGAAUUUGAGUUCAUGCGAUCAAAUUGUUUGGUACUUCCCUUUGGGACUGUGUAGAGUAACCAGAAGUGUGUUGAAACUGUUUGUACUGGCUAGUUGAUGUGCACAUUGUUGAAACUGUAAAGGUGUGAUAGGCUUGACCAUCAUAACAUGAAAUUUGCACUGGUUAUAGUUUCUGUGAACAAUGGGCUCUUAUUUUGUAGCCUAAUUUUGCAAUGGUCUCAGAUAACCUAUGAUCCUAUAACUGCCUCUCUGAAAAGAGGUUAUCUAUGAUAUAACUUCAAAGGCUUGGUGAUAUACUGUAGAAUGAUGACUGUGAGAAAGGUGCAAACAUGCACAAUUGCAGAUUGCAUGUUGCUCCAGCUGUGAACCACUUCUAGGCCCAA